CAGAAGCACCAGUGGACGCAGCCAGCCUGAGAUAUUGACACUAUAGGAAAAACUGACAGCUUACUCCUUGUAUUGAUUCUACUCUUCUCUGCAAAUAUAGACUUCGUUCCCCACCACAGCCUUAUAGUUCUGCCCCAGAGACGACAAGUAUGAAUACCACAGACAACGGUGUCAACUGUCUGUGUGCCAUCUGUGGGGACAGAGCCACAGGGAAACACUAUGGAGCGUCCAGCUGUGACGGGUGCAAGGGCUUCUUCAGACGCAGCAUACGCAAGAGUCAUGUGUAUUCAUGCAGGUUCAGUCGACAAUGUGUUGUUGACAAGGACAAAAGGAAUCAAUGUAGAUAUUGUCGAUUAAGAAAGUGUUUUAGAGCAGGAAUGAAAAAAGAAGCUGUGCAAAAUGAGCGCGAUCGAAUCAGCACCAGAAGAAGCACCUUUGACGGCAGCAACAUCCCCUCCAUUAACACGCUGGCGCAGGCAGAGCUUCGGUCUCGCCAGAUUUCUGCCUCAAGCCCUGGUGUGAGCACGGACAUCAAUGUUAAGAAAAUUGCAAGCAUUGGUGAUGUCUGUGAAUCUAUGAAACAGCAGCUCUUGGUCUUGGUGGAAUGGGCAAAAUAUAUUCCUGCCUUCUGCGAGUUACCGCUGGAUGAUCAGGUGGCCUUGCUGAGAGCCCAUGCAGGGGAACAUUUACUGCUUGGAGCUACGAAGAGAUCCAUGGUGUAUAAAGAUAUUUUGCUUUUGGGAAACAACUACAUUAUUCAGCGCAACAGCUGUGAGGUGGAGAUCAGCCGAGUGGCCAACCGGGUUCUAGAUGAGCUGGUCCGGCCGUUUCAGGAAAUCCAGAUUGAUGACAACGAAUACGCUUGUUUGAAGGCAAUUGUAUUCUUUGAUCCAGACGCAAAAGGGCUGAGCAACCCGGUGAAGAUUAAGAACAUGCGGUUCCAAGUGCAGCUGAGCCUGGAGGACUACAUCAACGACCGGCAGUACGACUCCCGCGGCCGCUUCGGAGAGCUGCUCCUGCUGCUACCCACGCUGCAGAGCAUCACCUGGCAGAUGAUCGAGCAGAUUCAGUUCGUCAAGCUCUUCGGGAUGGUAAAAAUCGACAACCUGCUCCAGGAGAUGUUACUGGGUGGUGCUUCCAGUGAUGUCAGCCAUCUCCAUCAUCCAAUGCACCCACAUUUGUCUCAGGAUCCAUUAACUGGACAAACCAUACUUUUGGGCCCCAUGUCAACUCUGGUUCAUACAGACCAAAUCUCAACUCCUGAAACCCCACUCCCUUCCCCACCACAAGGCUCUGGACAAGAACAAUACAAAAUGGCUGCAAAUCAAGCUUCAGUCAUUUCACACCAGUCUCUCUCCAAACAAAAGCAAUUGUGAGGAUGCAUUCACUCCUGAACAGCACUGCAUAAAUGUGAAAAAUUACUGGUCUUGAAAUAUCUCAGGAUAAUGCGCUUGGCAAACUCUUAGCCAAGGCUCCUUCAUGGUGCUGUUGUAAGACGGUAACCUGUUUUCUUGUUUUUAUAUUCAUUUUAUUUGUUGUUGCUGUUGUCUGAAAUGUUCAGUUGAAACCACUGUAUAUCUGAAUUU